AUUUGCAUAGAUGGCUUUGAAACUUCACUCUUGGAUGAGACGUCUAUCUACAUUUCAGUCAGCUUCGUUCAUUGUCAAGUAUAGUAUAUAUUAUCUAGAAGGUAUAAAAGCUAUUUCAAGAAAACACUUUCGAUAUGGACGAGCUGAUGAAAAUUCAAUCUCCCCGGAAGAAGGGAAACCGCAAGCAGGAGCUGACCUGCAGUGUGCUCUUCACCAAUCCUAAGUUCAAUGGAAAAGAUGACCCCUCCGGUUCGGACAAUGAGCUGGGAGCUGUGACACGCUUGGUAUCCAAAGCCGAGGAAUUGGAACUGCAUCGAGUCUUCAAGAGUAUGUCAACAGAAGGCUUUGAAGUGAUACGGCCCCUGAACCGAUCCCUAUUCGAUUUUGGCCACAAUUUCGAGGAUGUACGGGGAUGGCUUAAGAUGGCCCAGCCUCCCAAAGAUCAGCUAUCCUCGAUUCUACGUUAUAUUAUAGAGUCGCACCAGAAAACCACUGUCCAGAUAGAUAUAAACAAGAUGUAUUUCAACUGUCACCUGAUUGUACUUCAAGUUUUUUCCGAUUUUUUCAUGCGCCUGGAGGAUAUUCCGCUGCUACUAACUCUACCCGAGGACCGGGUCACCCAGAAGGCUUUUAUGCUUAUCUACAAAUGGAUGCUGAGUGACGAUCCCUACUUGGAACGUCCCCAUAUUGUUGAAAUUUUUGUAGCAGCCACUUACCUAAGGAUUGAUGAUCUCCUGACCCAUUGUUGGAAAUAUUUUGAUGAUUCCAAUUGCUUCCAAGAGGACACUGCUUGCAUUUUGUAUGUGGAGACCCUAUAUCAUCCUGCCUUGGAUGUAGUCCGAAAUAUAAUGCUGACCAGGAUCCAUAAAUUCCUACUGACCUUUGUGGCCUCUAGUGAUUUCUUGAAUAUCCCUAUAAGUCAUUUAGUUUAUCUCCUCAGUUCGAGUGGCAUUUGCGUGAACACCGAAGUUGAGGUGCUGUUUAUAGCUAUUCGUUGGAUGUCUUAUGAUUGGAAAGAACGCAGUGAGUACGCCCUAAGGAUCUUGCCUUGUAUUCGUUUCAGACUUAUGCCGCUCUGGUAUCUCCUCUAUGUGCGCCGGGAUGAGACUAAUCCUUAUGUAACCGAAUUGAUCGACAUAGAUGAAUAUGAUUCCGAAAUCAACGAAUCUAUCGCCAGCAUUACCUCUAGGAUGUACGAGGAGAAGAUUGCGGGUCUGAGCGAUACUACAGGAAAUAUUUUUAUGCGUACCGGAGUAGAGCAACGCCAUUGGAUUUGCGAUAAAACGUGCAACUAUUUUCACUACGUCGGUUGCCCGAAUACAAGAGAAAUUUGUUAUGAAAAGUUUGAGGAAUAUCUUAGUGAUAUCCAAAAAAGUUGCAAUGAUCACUGGGACAGGGUGGAAAUGCUUGACCCCAAGAAAAUGGACAAGUGCUGCAACUUAAAGCGAACCCCUAAAGUUUAAUGAGUUACUUUAAUGAGUUACUAUAUAAAACAACAAAAAACGAAUAAAAAUUAUAAAUUAAAUGUUUGGAAA